UUUUUUUUUUCCCUCCCCCAAACCUAUUUUCUGCAAGACCCAGUCGCAGUAGAAAUAUUUCGCUCGACCGUCUAUUCAUCUCCCACAACUCUCCUCUCCAUCAACAUCUUUCCCUCCUUCACUUCUAAUCUCCACUCCACCCCUUCUACCUUCGAAGAUCAAGAAAUCUUUGAACUUCAGACAAGAUGUCUUCUUCGGAACAGCCCAAGGUCCUGGGCAUGCCGCCCUUCUUGGCGGACUUCUUGAUGGGUGGUGUCUCUGCCGCCGUCUCGAAGACCGCUGCCGCUCCCAUUGAGCGUGUCAAGCUUCUUAUCCAGAACCAGGAUGAGAUGUUGAAGACCGGUCGUCUUGACCGCAAGUACACUGGUAUCGCCGAAUGCUUCAAGCGAACUACUGCCGAUGAGGGUAUCAUGUCGCUGUGGCGUGGCAACACUGCCAACGUCAUCCGAUACUUCCCGACUCAGGCCUUGAACUUCGCCUUCCGUGACAAGUUCAAGAAGAUGUUCGGCUUCAAGAAGGAGCGUGACGGAUACGCCUGGUGGAUGGCUGGCAACUUGGCCUCCGGUGGUGCUGCUGGUGCCACUUCCCUUCUAUUCGUGUACUCGCUCGACUAUGCCCGUACUCGUCUUGCCAACGAUGCCAAGAACGCAAAGAGUGGCGGCGACCGUCAAUUCAACGGUCUUAUCGACGUUUACCGCAAGACCCUCGCCAGUGAUGGUAUCCAAGGUCUUUACCGUGGCUUCAUGCCCUCCGUUGUCGGUAUCGUUGUCUACCGUGGUCUUUACUUCGGAAUGUACGAUUCCAUCAAGCCCGUCGUCCUUGUCGGACCCCUUGCCAACAACUUCUUGGCCUCUUUCGCUCUCGGUUGGUGUGUCACCACCGGUGCCGGUAUUGCCUCAUACCCUCUUGACACUAUCCGACGUCGUAUGAUGAUGACGUCCGGUGAGGCCGUCAAGUACAACGGUACCAUAGACGCUGCUCGCCAGAUCGUCGCCAAGGAGGGCGUCAAGUCUCUCUUCAAGGGUGCUGGUGCCAACAUUCUCCGUGGUGUUGCCGGAGCCGGUGUCCUGUCCAUCUACGAUCAGCUCCAGGUCCUUCUCUUCGGAAAGGCCUUCAAGGGUGGCUCUGGUUAAAUACCCCUCACACCUCGAUAGACUAGGGAUGAUAGGCGGUGUAAUACAGUGUGGAUAGGGCGAUUGGUUCGUCGACAAAAGGGGCAUGACGGUAGCUCCGGUGGAAAGUUGUUACAGGGCAUCACCCCAUUGCCGUGGCGUUUCUGGAACAGCUUGAUUUGCGGAUGAUACUGGCAGAGAAGGCAAAUUCAUGUCUCGUAUCCAUGAAUUUCUUGAGCAGCUAGUUGCCCGCUGUAAUUUAGACCUCAGCAAUUCCUUUAACUGUAUUCUUUCUGCAUGCAUGCUACAUCUCCGCUAAUUUUCGAUGUUUGACAAGGACUUGAUCCCCUUGGUUGUAAACAACGCAUAGACUCAAUUGCAUGUGGUUUCCUGAUGACAAAUUUAACUACUCUUCCUGACUACGUGAACUUGCUACAACUGACGUAAUUUGCAAUUCUCAC